AGAGCGCGUCAUGUGGGCUCCGUCUGUUCCAAUAUAAAUAUUGAAGUGUUGUUGUAUUGAAAUAAGCUCACUGAUCGGACGAACGCGGGCCAAUCAGAAGCCCUCAGAUCAGUACACCUUCUUUUCAGAAAUCAUUCAUAAUGCCGAUGCGUCAAACGUUUUUACGAGGACCCUGUUAUAAAUAUGGCUGGAGUAGUUAGUCAUUUUUUCCAAAUGAAAGGAUAGAAACUAAGGAACAGAAACGAAUCCUGGUUAUGUGUCCUUUACCUAACCUUUGAUAACUACUUUUAUUCCUUGUUCUAUAUUUAGUCUACCAGACUCUCCGUUUACAAUGAGUGGAUUAUUUCUGAAAAAUGUAUUGGUGGCAGCAGCGGUAUGUUGCUCGGUGCUGGUCACUGCGGUACUGGGGUCUCUGUUGGGGUCCCCGGUGUUAGCUCAAGAGCCGAUCCGAUGCGCCCCGUGCGCGCCGGAGAAGCUGAGCGAGUGUCCAGUGGUGGCGCACGGCUGUAUGGAGGUUCUGAGUGAGCCGGGUUGCGGAUGCUGCCUUGUCUGCGCCCUGAUGACUGGGGAACUGUGCGGAAUCUACACGGCGCCAUGCGGUUAUGGACUGAGGUGCACCCCAAUACCCGGCGACCUCCAGCCGCUGCACUCCCUUAUUCGCAGCCAGGCGGUGUGUAUGCCGAACCCCGAGCCCGAAAGGAGCCCAAUUCCCCAAAACCCAGUGUUAAUCACCUGCUUCACGUUCAACCAUCCUGGCAACAGAAAGACCUUCGAUCCCCCGUCUGCCGCGGACGCGCAGGAGAGCAUGAAAGCCAAAGUCAGCGCAAUCAGGAAGAAACUGGCGGAGCAAGCUCCCUGUCAAGUGGAGUUGCAGAGAGCUCUGGAGAAGAUCGCUGAGUCACAGCAGAAGCUAGGAGACAAUCUGACCAGGUUCUACCUGCCAAACUGUAACAAACACGGGCUCUACAAAGCCAAACAGUGUGAGUCGUCUCUUGAUGGACAGAGAGGCAGGUGUUGGUGUGUGUCCUCCUGGAAUGGAAAGAAGAUUCCAGGAUCCACUGAUCUGUCUGGAGAUGCAGAAUGUUCUUAAGAGAUCAACCACUGAUGCAGAACACACACACACACACUAACACACACACAUGCACGCACGCACGCACGCAUGCACGCACACACACAUACACACACACACACACACACACACACACACACAGUAAACCACUGAUUUUCUUUAGAUACUUGUUAUUUAUUCAUUGUCCAUGGCGGUGUUUGAUAUUCAGGUACACUAUCACUGUGGAACUGAUGUCCCCUGACCCUCAGCCCCGGACCCCUGACCCCCAAUCCCUGAAUCCUGACCCCGUCCCUCCCCACCAAAGAGAAAAUCCAUUUUUUUCAGAAAAGAAGAUUUUUAUAUUUGAAUACAUUUUCUUUAACUCUACAGCCUUACUUAUUUCACAUUAUGUACUGUAUCUAUUCAUUUGUAAUUGUAUUUUAAUAUUUAUAUAAUUUAGCCUUAUUUUCAUUAUUAUUAUUAUCAUUAUUAUUAUGUGUGCAUUAUUAUCAGUGUAUAAAGUGUAUAUAUGUAUCGACGCCCUGAGUUACUCCAUGUUGCUGUGGGCCCGGUUUUCCAAAAGCAUUUUAAGGCUAAGUUCAUCUUCAAAACAUUCAUAGGAGCAUCGUUAAAUUUCUGCACUGUUUCCCAAAACUAUCAUUACUAAAGUUGCACUUGAAAAAACACUCAUUAUUUACCGACUGCCUCAGACCACUCAUACAACAUCGUUGGAUGUGUUUUUCACUUUAUACACAGAAGAGCUCUGCUAAACAUCGAAUCAAGAUGUUUAUCUGUCUCUCUGUGACCGUCGAUAACUUCACAACGAAGUUGACUACAAAUAGAAAGUUGCCAAUGUCUUUGCCAUUGUUACAAACAAGCAAGCGAUUUAAAGAUCCUCCAAAUGAAAACCUGAGAUGACUGCGUUAAAAGAUAAAUAGCUUUCCUACAGUAUAUUCUACAUAGGCCUAUAUUUCAAUGAUAUUGAAAUCUAUUGCAUGUUCAUUCAAUUGAGUUUUGCUUUGCUAUUUGGUACUUUUUGCCUCAAUAUAUCUCAUGAUAUGUAGCCUAACAUGUGAUCUGCCAAAUCUUGACAGUGCAUUAUUAAGGGAAAGGGGAAUAGUGAGUCAGUUGUACAACUGAAUGCCUUCAACUGAAAUGUGUCUUCCACAUUUAACCCAACCCCUCUGAAUCAGAGAGGUGCGGGGGGGCUGCCUUAAUCGACAUCCACGAGAACAGUGGGUUAACUGCCUUGCUCAGGGGCAGAACGACAGAUUUUUACCAUGUCAGCUCGGGGAUUCAAUCCAGCAACCUUUAUGGUUACUUUAUAGGGUAAGAAUUAGAAUGAGCCACUAGGAGCUGAUCCGUUGUCAGUAUUGUGGAAUAAUUAUAAUGACCUUGGUCAUUGCAGGAAAGAUGCAUCCUUAAAACUCUCAUAAGCCUAAAUUCCAUCGCUAUCUGGAAACUGGGUCCAGAUCUUUUGGAGUUUGUCUGGUGGUUUACUUUCGAAACGAACCAAACAUAAACAAAAGCACUGUGUGACCCAAAUUCAUUUUUGAAGGAUUUCUAAAUAUUAUGUGACUUUUAAUAGUUUUUCAUGUUCACUGACAUGAUUUUGUUUGUUUUUAUUUCUGAUAUGAUUCAUACAUGAUUACACUCGGCUACAUCAGUGAAUGCAGAAAAUGACUAAUUUGGACAUUCUUACCUUUCAAGAAACUCAAUGUGGGUUUUGCAGAAUUGCAUGAUGGGUAAUGCUCCUGCAUUGUCCCUUGUUCUGACGGGUGUCUACCUUGAUCUACCUCUCUUUACUGACUGCCAUCACUGUUGUUUAUAUAACAUGAACGCAUUAUGAGAGAGAGAGAGAGAGAGAUUAUUCCAAAGUGACUGACUGCUCACUCAUGUAUAUACACUUUUGUAAUUGCGAUGUGUAAAAAAAAAUGUAUUUAAUUAAAAUGUUUAACCUCAAAUAUGUUAUUUUGGUCAUUGUGUUGCCAAACAAGACUACAAUGAAAAUAAGCCUUCUGGCUUUGUGUUUUUAUCCUCAAUCAUUAAUGUAUGUAAUGUUGUCUUUGGCUGGAGCAGCCUACUAUUUAUAAUGAUCAAAUACAUUCAAUCAAUAAAUCAAUCAGUCUUUAUGCUCCCUUA